AGCGACUCCGUUCGCUUAGAGUGUUUCAUGCGGCCGGCGAAGACAAGCGGCAAGUCGGGUUCAAAUUUAAAUUUUCAUAUGUUUCAGUGUUAGCACGAUUAUCGUGGUGGACGGCGGUGUGCUUCCUUCAGCGCUUUUCGAGGAAAGUGGUGAAAGAAGGCAAACAAAAAGUGUGUGAAAUUUCAUUGACUGGUGAACCUUUCGAGACGAGUGGGACUGCCGUGAAUUGUUUCAUGAUAGUUAAACUCAUUUCAAUGUGCUUCAACCAAAACGAUAGAUAGUCCUAGCUCUACUGCCGUUGAGAAUCCUGUUUGACACAAUGGCGACCAAGACAAAUGGUGUCGAUGAGGCGAUCGCUUUAGAAGCGAUAGCCGCUCCCAGAGUUGGUGUAUGCAGACGGAUAUCCAAGUUCCUGACCGUGUACUGGCGGGCGGUGCUGGUUGUCCUAGCUCCAAUCAUAUCGGCGGGAGUUUUCUUCGUCGAUACGUCUCCCGCCUACCGAUGUAUGUACGUAGUAUUGAUUAUGGCGAUGUACUGGGUGACGGAAGCUUUGCCACUGCCAAUUACGUCGAUGUUACCGAUUGUCCUGUUUCCGGUUCUCGGUGUACUGAGUACCGAUCGAACUACCAUGAUGUACAUGAAGGAAACCAUGCUGAUGUUCAUUGGCGGUAUAAUCAUCGCCCUGGCAGUGGAAUUCUGCAAUUUGCACAAACGGGUGGCGCUGAAAGUUAUUUCGAUCAUUGGAUGCAGUCAGAGAAAACUGAAUUUCGGACUGAUCACAGUUACGAUGUUCAUCUCGAUGUGGAUCUCAAACACAGCUGCGGUUGCCAUGAUGUGUCCAAUUAUGCAGGCUGUACUGGAAGAACUGGAAGCGCAAGGAUUGUGUGAGAUGUAUGUUCGACCAAAGAAGUCCAGUGAGGAAGAGGGAAUGCUUGAUAAGGAUAAAAAGGAAUCAGAUGAACCUCUGAAGCCCUCUAAGACAACGAUUUGCUAUUUCGUUGGAGCAGCUUAUGCAUCAUCUCUUGGUGGUUGCGGUACCAUUGUCGGAUCAGGAACCAAUUUGACAUUUAAGGGUAUCUAUGAAAGUCGCUUUCCGAAUGCUCCCGGAAUUGAUUUCCCAAGGUUUAUGUUCUACAACGUUCCCGGUAUGCUGAUUUACACCUACCUCACCUGGGCAUACUUGCAGUGGGUUUACAUGGGAAUGUUCAGACCAAACAGCCCUGAAGCCAAAGCAGCCGAAAUUGGCAAAGAAGGUGAGGCUGUAGCUCGUCGUGUGAUUGAAACUCGCUAUAAUGAGCUUGGUCCAAUGUCAUCUCACGAAAAGAGCGUUGCAUUCCUGUUUGUACUUGCUGUACUUCUGUUCUUUUUCCGAGAGCCUGGGUUCAUUACUGGAUGGGCUGAAUUACUACCUGCUGUAAAAAUCCGAGACGCCACACCGGCUAUUUUUGUUGUCAUGCUGCUGUUCGUAGUUCCGGCCAACUGGCGCUGCUUGAAGUUUUUCCGAAGAAAUUCUGGACGCCUUCCGAACGAGCCCACCCCCGCACUCAUCACCUGGAAGUUCAUCCACCAGAAGGUACCAUGGAGCCUUAUCUUUCUGUUGGGCGGCGGUUUUGCACUAGCUGAAGGAGGUCGAGUUUCCGGAAUGUCUGCUUUGCUAGGUCAAUCACUGGCCGGAUUGAAGACGUUACCACCCCUGCUGCUGCUGUUCGUCGUGUGCCUUACCGCGUCAACACUGACUGAAUUCACCUCCAAUGUAGCGAUCUGCAAUAUAAUGCUUCCGGUGCUGGCAGAAAUGGCGCUUGCCAUCGAAAUGCAUCCACUGUAUCUGAUGCUGCCGGCGGCAUUAUGUUGCAGCUUUGCCUUCCACAUGCCCGUAGGAACACCGCCGAAUGCCAUCGUGGCCGGAGUAGGAAACAUUCUAACCAAGGAUAUGGCUAUUGCCGGUAUUGGGCCCUCAAUAUUCACACUGUUCGUGGUCUGGGCCAGCUUUCCAACGUGGGGAGCUGUGGUGUAUCCAGAACUGGCUACUUUCCCCGAUUGGGCGCGACCAGUAAAUGCGACGGUCCACUAGAUCCCAAUAGAGACUACAGAAAAUGCAUUGAAAUUUAUGAAAUGUGGCUUUUUGUGAGACUUAAGCAUUGAGUAUGAACCAAAAUUUGUGCCAAAAAUGUCAGAUUUUAGGUGCGCGUGUUUUCGGGAUAGUUUUAAUAGAUGGGUGAUUUAGAAAAAUAUUUGUGUGUUGAAACCGUCAGCAUUUCAACCGAUCGAAUGCCCAUUUUUACAAGUAAGCAAUAACGAAGUGUGGUAAUAGGAUGUUCAUAGGUUCAAACAAGUUCGAAGAGCGUAAGUUAAAUAUAUAGUCAUGGUGAAUUGAGAUCAACCUCUAUGUAUAUACGCAUAUCGGUGCCGCUGAUACUGCAUUUAAUGUUCUAGCAUUCAAUGGUAUUCAGAUAGUUUAGGGAAACAUUUUAUUAGGAAGUUGAUGCCGGCUUCUGAAAUUCUGAAGAACAAUAAACUCGUUCUUAUGAUACAGAUCAUCAUCUAUUGAAAAGAGAGAGAAAAAAAAAUAAGUCUUCCAGUGGUGAAAAAUCAGUACUCAGAAUCCUUAGCUUUUAUCGAGACCAAUCACGGAUUCAACUAAAUAACACAAAUAGUUGAUACGAAAUGUACGAAUAGCACAGGUUUUGUAGAUUGUUGUAUGUGCAUCAAUCUUGAUGACAAUUGUUAGUAGGACAAUAUUCGAUGGAGAUUUAACUUAGUGCAAAAUAUAAGAAAGAUAAUGUGAAUGUA